AUGACGUCCACCUGCACCAACAGCACGCGCGAGAGUAACAGCAGCCACACGUGCAUGCCCCUUUCCAAAAUGCCCAUCAGCCUGGCCCACGGCAUCAUCCGCUCAACCGUGCUGGUUAUCUUCCUCGCCGCCUCUUUCGUCGGCAACAUAGUGCUGGCGCUAGUGUUGCAGCGCAAGCCGCAGCUGCUGCAGGUGACCAACCGUUUUAUCUUUAACCUCCUCGUCACCGACCUGCUGCAGAUUUCGCUCGUGGCCCCCUGGGUGGUGGCCACCUCUGUGCCUCUCUUCUGGCCCCUCAACAGCCACUUCUGCACGGCCCUGGUUAGCCUCACCCACCUGUUCGCCUUCGCCAGCGUCAACACCAUUGUCGUGGUGUCAGUGGAUCGCUACUUGUCCAUCAUCCACCCUCUCUCCUACCCGUCCAAGAUGACCCAGCGCCGUGGUUACCUGCUCCUCUAUGGCACCUGGAUUGUGGCCAUCCUGCAGAGCACUCCUCCACUCUACGGCUGGGGCCAGGCUGCCUUUGAUGAGCGCAAUGCUCUCUGCUCCAUGAUCUGGGGGGCCAGCCCCAGCUACACUAUUCUCAGCGUGGUGUCCUUCAUCGUCAUUCCACUGAUUGUCAUGAUUGCCUGCUACUCCGUGGUGUUCUGUGCAGCCCGGAGGCAGCAUGCUCUGCUGUACAAUGUCAAGAGACACAGCUUGGAAGUGCGAGUCAAGGACUGUGUGGAGAAUGAGGAUGAAGAGGGAGCAGAGAAGAAGGAGGAGUUCCAGGAUGAGAGUGAGUUUCGCCGCCAGCAUGAAGGUGAGGUCAAGGCCAAGGAGGGCAGAAUGGAAGCCAAGGACGGCAGCCUGAAGGCCAAGGAAGGAAGCACGGGGACCAGUGAGGGUAGUGUAGAGGCCAGGGGCAGCGAGGUCAGAGAGAGCAGCGCGGUGGCCAGCGACGGCAGCAUGGAGGGUAAGGAAGGCAGCACCAAAGUUGAGGAGAACAGCAUGAAGGCAGACAAGGGUCGCACAGAGGUCAACCAGUGCAGCAUUGACUUGGGUGAAGAUGACAUGGAGUUUGGUGAAGACGACAUCAAUUUCAGUGAGGAUGACGUCGAGGCAGUGAACAUCCCGGAGAGCCUCCCACCCAGUCGUCGUAACAGCAACAGCAACCCUCCUCUGCCCAGGUGCUACCAGUGCAAAGCUGCUAAAGUGAUCUUCAUCAUCAUUUUCUCCUAUGUGCUAUCCCUGGGGCCCUACUGCUUUUUAGCAGUCCUGGCCGUGUGGGUGGAUGUCGAAACCCAGGUACCCCAGUGGGUGAUCACCAUAAUCAUCUGGCUUUUCUUCCUGCAGUGCUGCAUCCACCCCUAUGUCUAUGGCUACAUGCACAAGACCAUUAAGAAGGAAAUCCAGGAUAUGCUGAAGAAGUUCUUCUGCAAGGAAAAGCCCCCGAAAGAAGAUAGCCACCCAGACCUGCCCAGAACAGAGGGUGGGACUGAAGGCAAGAUUGUUCCUUCCUACGAUUCUGCUACUUUUCCUUGA